UGAUAUCCGGAACAUGUUUGAACGAACUAGCCAUCUAGCAUACUCUCGUCUAGAACACAACUCAUCUGCCAUUCAAUUAUCUGAACAACGUAACUGCAAGUUACAUGUUCAUGAUCAGAGUUGGACAGCUAAGGCUCAACUCAUAUAGCAUAUGAUCUGAGGCUCAUGCUUAAAAGCUAAGUUAUCGUAUGAGAGAGUAAGUUCUAUCUAAAGAACCACUUUAUGAGGAAAGAUACAAACUUUGUUUACUUUUCCAGUGAGGAAGAAGAGACCCAUGACUAGGCAAGACGACUUGAACGAGUGAUGGGAGGUUGAAACGAUGUCGUACGAGUAAAUGAGCCAACUUUGGGAAGGUGAAGGGUGGAUUUGGUGACUUUGUAAUCGAGAAUGAGCACAUUUCUCGUCCUCAGUAACGUCAAUUAGUGGAUGCUUCCGCAACGAGAGAAGAUGGAUGGGGAAGAGAUGCUUGCUGCUGUGAUAGUGGGUGAUACCUCUGAUUUGUACGGAAGGUUUUGGUUUUGAGUUUAUUUUCCGGUAUAGUUGAAUCAUCUAUCAUUUAAACAAACAUGUAGAUUAGCGGUUUACCUGGGGUGAGCAUUUCGGUUUAAAUUCAGAUUUAGUUUGGGUUGGUAUCGGUUCGGUUUGAUUUAUUAGGAUUUAAGAAAAUUUUAGUCCAAAUCAGUUUGGUAUGGUUUUUAUUCGUUUUUAUUCAGAUUUAGUUCAAUUUGGUUUGUAUUUGGUUUGGUUAUAGAUCGUUUGCGUUCAGUUCACGGUAGUUUUUUUUUUUAGUUUGUUCAGUUAAAUUGAGUUGAUAUUUAGUUUUGUUCAAGAUCGGGUACAAAAAUAUAAUUUUAAAUUUUUUAAAACAAAUCAUCACACUAAAUUAUUUGUAUUCAUGUUUAAACGUAAAUCUAAACAUCUGAUAAAAAUAUAGAACAUAAUCUAAUAAUUUUAUAUUAUUAUCUUCAAACAUAACAUAAAUAUAAUAGAUAGUUUUUAGGUUUUGAAGUUAGAGCAUAACAUUCAUAUUUAUUUUAUUUUGGUUGUCUUUUUCUAUUCAUUUAUAAGAAAAAGUACAAAUUUAUGUUUAGUUGUUUAGAUUAAAUAUCUUAAAUUUUAAUAUUAUUAGUAUUUUUUUUGUUACCGUAUAUUUAAUUAAUCUAAUUAAAAAAAUACUUUGGUUUUUUCGGUUCAGUUUGGUUUAAACCGAAGCAACAUAACCAUUUGACUUAAUAAAACCUUUAACGGAAAAAUCGCAUAAAAAACCUUGAAAGUGUCUUCUAGUGGUACUUUAAACCUUCAAACUGACAUUUGUAUCACAAAAAAAAUUCAAUCUGGCUUACUUGUUCAUCAGGUAAAAAUCUAACAUGUUGUACAUGUAAAUAUGAUGAUGUCUUGGGUUUUUUUCAAAAAAUUAAUUAUUUAAUUAAUAAAUAAAAUAAAAAUCAAAAAAUUAAAUAAAAAUCAGAUAACUAAAUAAAAAUUUGGAAAAUAGAACAAAAUUCAGAAAAUUAAUAAAAUUUCAAAAAUAUAUUAGAUAAUAUUAAAAUACAUAAAUGAAAUAAAAUUUAAAAAAAAUAAAAUUAAAUUAAAAUACAGAAAAUUAAACAAAAAUUAAAGGAAAAAUCACAAAAUUAAAAAAAAAAAUCAAAAUAGUUUUUUUAAUUACAAUAUUAUUUUUUAUAAGAAAACAAAUAUAUCAUCCUUGACAAUAAUAAUUUCAAACAUAUCACUGAUGACGAUGGUGGUUUCUCACACAACUAUUAACAAUGACACUUUUGACAUAUCUCUAAGAUACUUUUUGACACCAUCGUUAAUAUGACGGUUCGACAACCAUCAUUUAAAACGGUAUCUACCGUUUUCAAAAAACUUGACAUAUCUACCGUUCUAAAUGCUAUAAAUGCUGGUUGUCGAAAACACUGUUAUUGACAUAUCUACCUUCAUUUUUAGCGAUGAUGUCGGAAAUUAUUGUUAGAAAUAUGUCAAAAACGUCAUUGUUAAUGGUUAUGUGAAACCACCAGUGAUAUGUUGAAAUUGUUAUUUUCAACGAUGAUAUGUUUUCUUUUAAAAAAUAAUCUUGUAUAUUAAAAAAACAUAUUUUGAAUUUUGUGAUUUUUUUCUUUUACUUUUGUUUAAUUUUCUGAAUUUUUAUUUAAUUUAUGUAUUUUAAUUUAAUCUAGUUUAUUUUUGCAAUUUUAUUUAAUUUUCUGAUUUUUUGUUUUAUUUUCUGAUUUUUUUUUGAAUUUUAUUUAGCUUUCGCAUUUUUACUUAAGCUUUUGGUUUUCUUAUUUAAUUUUAUUAAUUAAUUUUUUUUUGAAAAAAACCGACACAUCAUCACAUUUACCUAUACAAAUUUUUAUUUGAUGAAAAAGUAAACAAGGUUGAAUGGUUGUUGUGAUACAAAUAUCACUUUGAAAAUUUAAAGUGGUAAUCGAAAAACUUCAAAGUUUAAAGUGUUAAUAAAUGCCAUUUUGAAAAAACAUUAUGCGAUUUUUCCAAUCUUUAACCAAAUGGUCUAUACAUAUAUUUUUGUUUGAUUUGGGUUAGUUUGGGUUUAGUUUGAUUCGUUAUGGGUUUUUUUUGCCCACUCCUAAAUUUAUCAUGCUAUUUGCAUUUGGUUCAUUUGUUACCCAUCUUGAAUCUCACACUACUCAAUACAAAAAGGAUUUUGGUGUUCCGUUUUACUAUCUGUGUAGUUAAUUUAUCAACUAAUCUCUUACAUUUUGAACGCCUUAAUGUGUAUCAUCUGGAAGAUAUUCGAAUGAAAUGUUAAUGGGACGCUUGUGGCCUGGUGGUCAAGGACUCACAUAUGUGGGUUUUGCCACCUAAGUUCGAGUUAUGAUCAUUGUUGAUUAAAAUGAAGUGAAAAAGACGGUCUUCCUAAAUGCUUUCAGCGGGCUCCUCGGUUCAGUUCUGGUGGAUGGUCAUUAGGCGCUAAUCGAGUUUUUUUUAAAGACAUCUGGAUACCAAAAUCAUUAAAAAAAGAUAUUCGAAUGAAUUUUGUAAAACUCUAUUUUAGAUUGUGGAUACAUUUGAAUUUGAUCCAAUUCAGAACAAAUACCAGAAAAGAUCAACAAGUUAAAAACGAAUUCAAUAAAAAAAAUUAGUACUAUCAAAUAUUUGAAACCUUAAUAAAAUUACUCAAAUAUUUAAUUUAUAUUUAUUCUGAAUAUGAUAUAUAAGAGUAAUUAAACUCACAAUAUUACUAGUCAAAUUUGAAAUGAGUUUGAAUCCAAAAUAAAUCUUAUACAAAAUUAUAAAAUAUCCCUGAAACAAAACCUAUUGUAACCAAAUCAAGCUUUGCAAUAUAUAAGAGGCUGAAUCCAAAAAACUCAAAAAAAAAAAAAAGAUAUGAAUAAGAAUCUGCACGCCUAGACUAGACCUAUAAAAAAGGAUAAUCUUUGUCAAUAAUAAAGACAUUAAAUUCAAUGGCUACCUUGGUCUAUGUGCUUGCUGGAGUAUUAUUUUCCACAUUAGCCUUCUUCUUUUUUCAUAGUGAUAUAUCAAAAGAAAAGGUUAAUACGUGUAUAAUAACAUGCAUGGGUUAUGGGAACAAAUGCCACAUUUACUUUCCUGUGUGACAGAGACAACAACAUAUAACCAAAUGUCUUUCUCGUUACAGACCCUCGAUUUCUUUUUAUUUAUUUCUUUCUUGUAACGCUUGGAGGCUGGAGCUAUAAUGAGAAACCCAUUGACUCCCAACGACCUCUCGCUCUCUCGUCAAUAAAUAAUCAUCCCAUAAGACAAAGAACCCCAGAGAUAAACCACCAAACUUAUUACAUAGCUAAUCACAUAGCUCUUUGGUUUACCUCAUUCCUCUGUUUUUCCACAAUGUCUUGGAUUCACUCUGUUCUCUUCCUAUUUCUUGUUUUCCGGUGGUGCAUCGCCGGAGAAUCAUCAUCGCCGGAGGUAACUGAUGACGGAGCUCCGAUGGAGAUAUCAGAAAGAGAAGCUCUUUACUCAACGAUUCAAGGGUUUCUUGGUGAUUCUUGGAAUGGCUCUGAUCUUUAUCCUGACCCUUGUGGUUGGACUCCUAUUCAGGGUGUUUCUUGUGAUCUCUAUGAUGACUUGUGGUAUGUCACGGAGCUAACCCUAGGUCUUGUUCAUGAAAACUCGCUUGCUUGCGCCGCAAGUUUGGAGAUAAAGCCGCAGCUAUUCAAGCUCAAGCACUUGAAAUCUCUCUCGUUCGUCAAAUGUUUCACGUCUUCUUUAACUAUAUCCAAAGAAGAUUGGAUAAGCUUGGGAAGCAACUUAGAAUCUCUCGAGUUUAGAUCCAACCCCGGUUUGAUUGGUGAACUUCCCGAAACAUUUGGAAGUCUCACAAACCUAAAGUCUUUGGUGGUUCUUGAAAAUGGGUUCAACGGGAAGUUACCGACGUCUCUCUGCAAUCUAUCGAGCUUAAAACGGUUUGUUCUUGCGGGAAACUUGUUCACCGGAACGAUUCCAGAUUGUUUCAAUGGGUUUAAAGAUCUACUGAUCUUGGAUUUGAGUAGAAACUCUUUCUCAGGGACAUUGCCUUCAACUAUCGGAGAGAUGGUUUCGUUGCUUAAGCUUGACCUAAGCAAUAACCAACUAGAAGGGAAGUUACCGCAAGGAAUAAGUUUUUUGAAGAAUUUGACACUGUUGGAUGUGAGGAACAACAGAAUCUCUGGUGGGUUUUCUCAAAACGUUGAAAAGAUUCGUUCCUUAACAGAUCUGGUUUUAUCAGGAAACCCAAUGGAUAUUGAUGACAUGAUGGGGAUAAAGUGGGAGAAUAUGGGCAGCUUGGUAGUUUUGGAUCUUUCUAAGAUGGGUUUAAGAGGUGACAUCCCUUAUGGUUUAACCAAGUUGAAAAGAUUGAGGUUUCUUGGUCUGAACGACAACGAGUUAACCGGUACAGUCCCAUCAAAAGAGUUGGAGACUUUGCCUUGUCUUGGUGCUCUGUACAUCCACGGAAACAAUCUAACGGGAGAGCUUAGAUUCUCAACAAAGUUUUACGAGAAGAUGGGGACAAGAUUUAAGGCUUCAAAAAAUCCGAAUCUUUGUCAGUACGAUAUCGUGUCAGAAUCUCGUAGCUACGUGCCUCCACUUGGUCUUAAGCCUUGCAGCAAGAUGAAGAAAACAGAGGGUGGUUUGGUAAUUCUACAAACGUUGAGAAACCUUAAGAAAGAGGAGUCAAGUUCAUCAAUGUCUUUGAUGGUUACAAGACGUGUGUUGUCAAAUGGGUUGACGUGGGAUUUGCUUUUGGAGCUUUCUCUUAUUGUAUUAUUGAUAUAAAUAUGUUUUUGUUUGUUUGAUGCUUUUGUAGUAUCGAUGUGUUGGUUGAUAGAUUUUGAUGUCAUCAGUUAAUUAAGAAAAUCAAAUCCUUUUGGAUGUAACAAGAAGUCUGGUUUCUUCUCUGUGUCUUGAUAUAAAACACGCUGUGUAAUGUGUAUGUGUUGUAAUGUACUUAUUAAUGUAUGUAUGGUAAUUAUUUUUUUUUA